CGGAACAGCAUUUUAUGAUUUGGGCUAGCCUGAUGAGUGUCCCAGUUGAGUUUAGUGGUUUGUGGUUGAUUUGGUUAACCAGAAGUGGAAUUAAUUUUGGGCUAGUAUAAUUCAAGAACUUCCAUAUGCCGAAGAAAAGAUGGUCCGAUCCGAGAGGGUUGAAAAAGAACAACAGAGACGGUUGUGAAUUAGCGUUAAAAGUCACGUCGGAACUAAAAAAGGAAGACAAUGAGUCGAACCAGAUGGCAUUUAUCAAUCGAUACCGUUGAAACUGAAGAUUGCUUUCUAGUAUCACUAAGCUCGUUGUUUCAUUAAAAGCUACCUGUUUCCUUUCUGAUUCCCGACUGACUUAAGGGUAUUAGCACACUGGGUGUAAGUCAAGUGUGUCCUCUUAUAUUUCGUGGAUUUAAUGUGAUUUUCAUGGUGUGAGGAUGGGACAGGGUGGUGUUGGUCUCUGCAGCCCUGGAGGUUGAACCUGCUCCAUCAGCCAGUCAGGAUGCGCAUAACUUCUGUGAGUGUCAGCAAGUCCUGCUUCCUGUUUUCCCUUGCAUUUUGCGGACUCCUGCUUCUUCUCAUCCCAGCCUUCCAGCCCCCAGCCUCCCUCGUGGACCUGCCUCAGCCUCGACCCCAAGUCAGACCUGCACAGUUGGGCCCAUCAUACCACACCAGGGUUCCAGUGGUGUCUGUCUCUGGUGGGGCCACAGGGCUGAAUGGCAGCUCAGCAGGGCAGGGGCGAACCACUAAGAUUGAACUUACCAGGAAUGAUCAUCUCAGUGAUGAUCACAGUUCUACAAGAGAGGCGGACUCCAAAAGAAGCCCAGAAAGAGGAGUUCUUUCAGGAGCAAAGGGGGGUGAACUUUCAGAGUAUAGGCCCCGUGACUCGUUAGACUUGAAGGAUAUUUUUAUUGCUGUGAAGACAACCAGGAAGUAUCACAAGACGAGACUGGAGCUCCUCAUUCAGACCUGGGUUUCCAAAGCCAAAGAACAGACAUACAUAUUCACUGAUGGUGAAGACAAGGAGCUGUGGAUGAGAACAGGAGUUAACAUCAUCAACACUAACUGCUCAGCGGCUCACACCCGACAGGCUCUGUGCUGCAAGAUGUCUGUGGAGUAUGACAAAUUCAUUGAGUCUCAGAAAAAGUGGUUCUGUCAUGUGGAUGAUGAUAACUAUGUGAUCCUGCCCAGCUUGCUGCAGGUGCUCUCCUCAUAUCACCACAGCCAGGACGUCUACCUGGGCCGGCCCAGUCUGGAUCAUCCUAUAGAGGCUGCAGAGAGAGUCAAGAGUGAUGGAUCAGUGUCUGUUAAGUUCUGGUUCGCCACAGGUGGAGCAGGUUUCUGUAUCAGCAGAGGCCUGGCACUGAAAAUGAGCCCAUGGGCCAGUUUGGGGAAUUUCAUCAGCACCGCAGAGAAGAUCCGACUCCCAGAUGACUGUACCAUCGGCUACAUCAUUGAGGUGCUGCUGGAGGUCACCCUAACGCACACACACCUCUUCCAUUCUCACCUGGAGAAUCUCCAGAAACUUCCCACUAACACGGUGCUGGAGCAGGUGACUCUCAGCUAUGGUGGUUUUGAAAACAGAAGAAAUGUGGUCAGCAUUGCUGGAGGCUUUUCACUGGCUGAGGAUCCCACAAGGUUUAAGACAGUUCACUGCCUUCUGAAUUCAGAUACAGACUGGUGUCCAAAGCUCAAACCUCACCACAAAGACUGAAAGCUAUGUUGUUUUGUCCUGCAGCACUCAUACAUUUUAAACCUUUUCCUACUGUCUCACUUUGCCACGUUUGGAUGUUUGGGUCGAGCUACAUGUAGCAAGGAGAAUUUUGCAUUCUUUAUCCAAAGCAGCCUCACCUCACACUUCAUGAAUGAGGAGGUGGAGCCAAAGAAUGAGCUAACAUAAUAACAUAACCUCAGUGUUCAUCACCAAUAACCUCUUAUAACCAUGUUAUAACAUCAUGCCAUGGCCACUGUAUAGAACUGUUUUCACUUAGUAAUCAUGUGUGAGGCAUGGGACUCAGUGUUGGAGUCAUGUGGUCAUUGCAACAGCUGGGAAAUAAUGCCACAUUUAUAUUGUAUCAAGGAAGGAUUACCCAACAGACCUAUUGGGCACUGGCCCCAGAGGCCUGGGAGGUCAGGGGGACCUCUAUAUAAUGUGACAUUUAAUAUGCCUUGUUUGAAAAUCAUUGAACUACAAAUAAUUGCAAAAUGUCCACAAAAAGACUCAAAAUGACCACAAAGUUAAAAAAUAGAUCAUAAAGAGACACAAAGGAACUGCAGAGACCUAGAACUGUCAAAACGAGAUGGGAAAACUGCCAAGAAGAAACUAAAUAGUAACGGAGAUCCAAGACUAUUGUAAAGAGACAGAAGAACUAUAAAUGCACCCUAAAUCACUGAUGGUGCUAUAUACAGUAGAAUUGGGUCCCUCAUAGUCCAUCCAUGUGUAUGAUUCAGUAUAGUCAUUAUUAGCCCAGUGGGAGCUGAAUGGGAGUUGUCAUUCAAUUAGUGAAAUUCAUUUAUCCAUUGAAGUUCUAAGGCAGGAGUUUAAAAGUGGGAGUUUCCACCUUUAUCCUUAUCCUAUUAUCUUUUAUCCCCUUCUGUCAAGAGUAUGUAAAUAAAGCAUAAGAGUUAAAGAAUAUUCAUAACUCUUUGCCAGUGCAGUCAAGAGCCAACACUCCAGUUCCAGUUUCUAAAUUGACUAAAGCUGCUGUAUUUAAUCUCAGUGCUCCACAAAGCACAACCUCCAAGUUAAUGGUGUAGCAGCAGAAUUUGCAGUUCACUGUAACUGGAUGUUUUAUUUCUGUAGCUCUUUGGGACUCACAGUUAAAUUCCCUUGUUUGUUUGAAUUCUUU